AAGAGGCGCCAGAAGAGGCAGCGAGCAAGAACGAAGGAGCAGCGGAUCGCCUCUGGAAUGUCACUGCCCGGAGGCUGAACUUCCCUCCUGGCCUCCUCCGGACCGAAUGGGAGGAAUCCGCCUGCCUUCCCUCACACCCCCUUCUUUCUCUCCAGGGGAAGAAGGAGCACGCCACGCCACGCCGAGCCGAGCCGAGCCCUCCUGCUCCCGUCUCCGCCCCACCCUCGAGUUUGUUUGCAUCCCCUGCAGUUACGUCCUGGGGUGGACGAGGAAGAUGGAGGGCUACAAGGUCUUCCUGGCUCUCCUCGGCUCCGCGCUGCUGCUCGGCUUCCUCUCCGUCGUCUUCGCCGUCGUCUGGGUCCUCUACUACCGCGAAGGGCUCGCCUGGAACGGCGACUCGGCCGAGUUCAACUGGCACCCGGUCCUCAUCGUCACGGGCUUCGUGUUCGUCCAAGGGAUCGCAAUUAUUGUAUACAGGUUACCAUGGACUUGGAAAUGCAGCAAAGUUUUGAUGAAAUUAAUCCAUGCGGGGUUAAAUACUGUUGCUCUGACACUUGCAAUUAUUUCUCUGGUGGCUGUUUUUGAUUUCCACAAUGCUAAGAAGAUUCCUAACAUGUACAGUCUGCACAGCUGGAUUGGAUUGACUGCUGUAAUUCUUUAUGCUCUACAGCUUGUUCUAGGCUUUAUGGUCUUCCUACUUCCCUUCGCUUCCACUUCUCUUCGGGCAACUGUUAUGCCAAUACAUGUUUAUUCAGGUCUUCUCAUCUUUGGAACAGUGAUUGCCACGGCCCUAAUGGGAAUUACAGAAAAACUUAUUUUUAGCUUGAAAUCGCCUUCCUAUAGCAGUUCCCCAGAAGAAGCUAUUUUUGUCAAUGUUCUCGGUGUCCUGAUUUUUGCCUAUGGUGCUGUAAUUUUAUGGAUGGCUACAAGGUCCCAUUGGAAGCGCCCACUGGAACAGGUUUUUCAAGCCCAUCAACGAAUUGCAGAAACACUCAGUGAUGAUGACUGUCAUAGUCCAGAUUUGGAGUUCAGCAGUGAUGCAGCUGCUAGAAAACGAAAUCCCAAAUUUGAUGAAGCUGGACAGAGAUCAACUAUGUAAAGAAAGUAUAUAAAAGUACUUUGCAGUGAAGAAAACUUCUUCUCCGUAUUCUCCCCCAGCUCUUCAAUGCACAAUAUAUAUAUAUAUUUUAUCUGCACUCAGUCGUUACCGACUCUGCGGUGACUGCUUUGGAUGAGUCCUUUUUGCAGUUUUCAAGGCAAGGUGUUUCAGAAGUGGUUUGCCAGUGCCUCCUUCCUAGAGCAGAACCCAGCCGGCGCGUGCAGGAGGCGGGGUGUC